UAAUGAUAAUAAAAUAUGCAUAAUUCUUGCAUCUUCUCCUCAGACUGGAAUGGGACACCUGCGUGUUACAAAAGAAGGCCUUCGACUGGAAGGGGAAUCAGAAUUCUUAUUCCCUCUUUAUGCCAAAGAAAUCCAUUCUAGAGUGGACUCAUCACUGCUUCUUCAGUCUACUCACAAUGUGACUGUGAAUGCUCGCAAUUCAAAUGGGGAAGUCACAGGCAGGUUAAAUGUGGGUCCUAAAAUGGUAGAAUUCCACAGUCAGCAAUUUCAGAUCAACUCAAAGGAUGGAAAGCCACUUUUUACAGUGGAUGAAAAUGAGGUUGUAAUUGGCACAGACAAGCUUCGAGUCACAGGGCCUGAAGGAGCACUUUUUGAACACUCUGUAGAAACACCACUUGUGAAAGCAGAAGCUUUUAAACAACUUAGGCUGGAAUCACCCACUCGAUCUUUGAGCAUGGAUGCACCACGAGGAAUUAAUAUCAAAGCACAAGCUGGGAAUAUUGAAGCUCUUUCCCAGAUGGAUAUCAAACUACACAGCAGUGAUGGUGUGCUUUUGCUUGAUGCUGAAACUGUGCGACUGCCCAAACUGCCUGAGGGCGCAAGGGGUGGAUCCGGUAUUUCUCAGGGGCUCUAUGAAAUCUGCGUGUGUCCAGAUGGAAAGCUCUACUUGUCAGUGGCCGGCGUGGGCUCCACUUGCCAAGAAUACAGCCGUGUCUGCCAGUGA